AUGAUGGCACAGUGGCUUAUCAGUCAGCUUGCUGUUUGUUUCGGGCUUUCUCAAGAUGAGGAUCUUUCUCGAGAUGGAAGCGAACAUUUUGAUUUCCAAGGUUCAAGAAAUCGAAUGGACACCAAAAUAAAAGUUACUGGAUCAGAAGUGCCAUACCAUGACAAGUCGCCAGAUUACUCGAAGGUUAUGUUCAACACUAUAUCCGGUAAUACUCUCAAGAAGUAUACAUUAAAUGAAUUGAAGAACGUACCUGGCGGUCCUGACGCUCUGAGGAAUUUCGAUUGGUACCAGGUGCGUGAGAAGAAGAUAGAGGAUUACAUCAGCCGGGUCGAUAAUUAA